AACACACAACGUGCAGCGGCCACUCGCGAACGAGCCCUGUCGGCGGACGCUGUACGAAGAGCUACUCUACCGAAAGAGCUACUGCUGCUACUGUACUAAAAUCUGCUCGACAACUGUCGUCCCGUGGUCACUGACACCUCCUCCCCUCGCUCGCUCUCUUUUCUGCGUUGUCUUCUUCUUCUGCCUCUUCUUCUUCUCCGUUCCACUUUACUCUCUUCAGACCUCCUCGUAUCUUACAUUAAACUCUCCCCAGAUCGCCUCCCUUCAAAAGCUUCCUUUGGACUCUUCUCCCUUGUCCUCCUCCUCAGUUUCCCUUAACCCACCGACAAGAAAUCACACCUCCUCGCACCCUUUAGUUUACCCCCCCGCAGGAGGAAUAAUGCCGCCGCCGCCUGCUGGCCCGGCCGCCGUCCUGCUCGUCGCCGUCGCCGUCGCGGCGCUGCUGGCCACCACGGCGGCGGGGGAGGAGGUCGUCACGUGCUCCGGCGUGGUCCCGAUGAGCGACCGCGUGGACAGGAUCUCCAUCGCGGACUUCGGCGGCGUCGGGGACGGGCGGACGCUGAACACCAAGGCGUUCCGGGAGGCCGUGUACCGGAUCCAGCACCUGGCCCGGCCCGGCGGCACGCUGCUCCACGUGCCCCCCGGGGUGUACCUGACGGAGAGCUUCAACCUCACGAGCCACAUGACGCUGUACCUGGCCAGCGGCGCCGUCAUCAAGGCCACCCAGGAUACCUCGAAUUGGCCACUUAUUGCACCAUUGCCAUCUUAUGGAAGAGGCAGAGAGCGGCCUGGUGGAAGAUAUGUGAGCUUCAUUCAUGGAGAUGGCCUUCAAGACGUGAUUAUCACUGGUGAGAACGGAACGAUAGAUGGCCAAGGAGAUGUCUGGUGGAAUAUGUGGAGACAGAGAACUCUCAGUUUUACCAGACCAAAUCUUGUCGAAUUGGUUAAUUCCAGAGACAUCAUAAUUUCCAAUGUGGUUUUCCAGAACUCUCCGUUCUGGAAUAUUCAUCCCGUUUAUUGUAGUAACGUGGUUGUCCGUAAUGUGACCAUAUUAGCUCCAGUGGACUCUCCCAACACAGAUGGGAUUGAUCCAGAUUCGAGCUCUAAUGUCUGCAUAGAGGAUUCGUACAUCUCUGUUGGAGAUGAUGUCGUCUCGGUGAAAAGUGGGUGGGAUGAGUAUGGUAUUGCCUAUGGUCGCCCAAGCUCAAAUAUCACCAUCCGCAGAUUAACAGGAUCAUCCCCAUUCGCCGGCAUUGCAAUAGGAAGUGAAAUGUCCGGUGGGAUAGAGAAUGUCCUGGUUGAAAACGUUAACUUGUACAAAGUGGGUAUUGGAAUCCAUGUGAAAACAAAUUCCGGGAGAGGGGCUUUCAUAAGAAACAUAACUGUCUCCGAUGUGUACGUGGAGGAUGCGAGAAAGGGGAUAAAGAUUUCAGGCGAUGUCGGAGAUCAUCCCGACGACGGGUACGACCCAAAUGCUCUUCCGGUGGUGACCGGCAUCUUGGUAAAGGAUAUGCGGGGAACAAAUGUUCAACAGGCAGGUCUAAUACGAGGCAUAAAGAACUCCCCUUUCACCGGGCUCUGCCUUUCUAAUGUCAACCUCCAUGGCAAGCCAGGGCCGAGAGAAGAUCCUUGGUCGUGCUCCGAUGUGAGUGGGGCCGCCUUCAAGGUGAGUCCAUCCCCUUGUUCGGAGCUGACUAGCGUCUCUGACAGGGAUUCAUGUGCUAACUACUCCUGAAAGUCUUGUGACUAGCUUGAUUUCCAAAUGAAGAAAUUGAAAUUUCCAGCACGAUGUAUCAUUGUAAUCCUUUUGUGCUUUCAAGCGCAUGCUAAGAAUGAAGUUAUGACUACAUUCUUUCAAAUCUGUUCAUUGUC